CAUAAUCACAUUUACGUUUCGCAGAUUAUACAACAAAACGCUGCCUAAUUUUAAAUAAGUCGGAUUAAUUCGACAAUUAUUUGUCAAUUAAAGUGACGAUUAAAAAGUAAAUAAAGACGGCAACAAAGAUGAGCACCUUUACGUCGGUUUUUCAAAUGCUGAGGCAGCGAUUGAUAGCCCCAGCAAUAGGAAACUGCACACGUUUCUAUGCCGUCAAGCCGGUGGCAGCAGCUGGCAAGAAGAAAAAAUUGGGAAAGCUUGGUCCCAUUGUGGAGAAGAAAAUCAUUCCCGUGGAAACGGAUGCCAACAAAUUAGUAAACUAUGUGUGCGGUAGCAACUAUUUGAAAACGGGAGAGGAUGUCAAGAUUAAACCAGACUCGGAGUACCCCGACUGGCUGUGGUCCCUGAACACGGAACGCAUAAUCCCGCUGGACGAACUGGAUCCCAACAGCAAGCAGUAUUGGAGACGAUUGAGGAAACUGGCACUGCGGCGUAACAACCAGCUCUCCAAGCUCAAGAAGUUCUAGAGUCCGUAGAACUCUGGUGUUAUUGUUGCCUUUGGAGACUGGAGAACCGACCCUGAAAUCGCACCAUGUUGUUUGCCAUGCUCUUCUGAGCAACAAGUGUGCAAAUACUAUGUUUUCUGCUAAAAACAAACCGCAAAUACAUAUUACAACGUCUUACACUCCUUAUCAAAAA